AUGAGCGGUAAUGCCUUUUAUGGAGGAGAUGAAGUUUCAGCUAUUGUCAUAGAUCCUGGAAGCAAAUGGACGAGAAUUGGGUUUUCUGGAGAGGAUAUACCAAAAUGCGUUUUGCCAAGUAAUUAUGGCGAAUUUGAAAAUGGAAGAAGACUUUUUGGCGAGGAAUAUAUAUAUCAACCUCAUAAAGGGAUGGAAAUUAAAAGGUCUAUCUCCAAUGGAUGGAUUCAACAUUGGGAUGCCACUCUGGAUCUUUGGCAGUAUGCGCUGAAGGAACGAUUAAAAACUGACCCAGUAGAGCAUCCAAUCCUAGUCACUGAGCCAUUCGAUAAUCCCUCCGAAAACCGAGUCAAAACUUUGGAAAUGGUAUUUGAAUCUUUGGGUAGUCCAGCUACGUACUUAGCGCGGCAAGAAACAUGUGCUGCCUUUGCCAGUGGAAAAGGUACAGCUUGUUUAAUAGAUGUUGGAUAUGACAGAGCUUCUGUUUCUGCUAUUCAUGAUGGGUUUGUCCUUCAAAAACCUUACAACGUACAGCAAUUUGCUGGUGCUGCUUUAGAUGAAAUUAUUGCGGGCACUCUAGGACAAAAGGGUUACGAAACAACUCCUAAAUACCUUGUUCGCAGUAAGCAUCCCGUAGGGAUUGGCGAACCUCCAAAAUAUGAGCGCGCUAACGUUGAGGCUACAGAAUCAUUCCAUCGUUUUCAACUAGAAAGAGUGUACGAUGAAUGGAAAGAAGAAUGUGCUUUGACAUCCGAUGUUCCUUUUGAUUCGAACGGUACCAUAAUUGAUUCAGAAUUUGAAUUUCCAGAUGGCGCUAGAGUAGUGUUUGGGGCCGAUCGCUACCAAAUUCCAGAACGCUUAUUCAAACCCUCUGAAGAUACGACAAUGGACGAGCAAGAUGAUGAAAAUGAAAAUGGAAAGGAUGAGGAUAAGGAUGAGGACGAGGAUGAUGAAGAGAAAAAGGGUACGAACAAUCAAGUAACGAAAGGCACUCUUGGUUUAUCUCAAUUGUUCCAAAACUGCAUUUCUGAAUGCGAUGUUGAUAUCCGGAAUUCCUUAUUUAACAAUAUUGUCGUUUGUGGCGGGACAAGUUUACUGCAAGGAUUUUCUUUUCGUUUGCAAAACGAUUUAUCUAAAAUAUAUCCUGGUAAUCGUUUAAAGAUACACGCUUCUGGUCAUAUUAUUGAACGUAGCUACGCUUCAUGGUUAGGAGGAUCUAUCCUUAGUAGUUUGGGAACUUUCCAUCAAUUAUGGAUUUCUAGACAAGAAUACGAUGAGCAUGGAGCUGAUCGUCUGGCUUUGAUUGAAAAGCGAUGUAAAUGA